AUGUAUACCUCUGGCCCCACCAUUACCACGAUCGCUCUGAGCUUACUGGCAGCUCUCCCCAACGUGCAAGCUGGUGGUUUAUACACAAAGAACUCACCAGUGAUCCAAGUCGAUGCCAAGAACUAUGAUCGACUUGUAGCCAAGUCAAACUAUACGUCGGUUGUGGAAUUCUACGCCCCUUGGUGCGGUCACUGCCAAAACCUCAAGCCUGCAUAUGAAAAGGCUGCCAAGAAUCUUGAUGGUCUCGCCCGUGUCGCUGCCGUGAACUGCGACGAGGAUGAGAACAAACCCUUGUGCGGACAGUUUGGUAUUCAGGGAUUCCCAACCCUCAAGAUCGUCCGCCCGGGCAAGAAAUACGGCAAGCCCGUGGUCGAAGACUACAACGGUCCACGAUCUGCCAAGGAAAUUGUCAGUGCCACUGUUGACAAGAUCAACAACCAUGUUAGAAAAGUCACGGACAAGGACGUCGAGGACUUCCUAAGCAAGAACAACGACACGGCCAAGGCAAUUCUGUUCACGGAAAAGGGCACGACAAGCGCACUGCUCAAGAGCAUUGCGAUUGACUAUUUGGAUGUCAUACAGGUUGCCCAGAUCCGCAACAAGGAAAGCAAGGCCAACGAGAUCUUUGGCAUCGAGAACUACCCUUCUUUGGUUCUUUUGCCUGGUGGCGACAAGCCCUCUGUCCUUUACGAUGGAGAAUUGAAGAAGGAGGGAAUGGUCAAGUUCCUUUCCCAAGUCGCUGAGCCAAACCCGGUCACUGGUGCUGAAAAGGCCAAGGUCAAGAAGGACAAGAAGGAGAAGCCAGCCAAGAAGGCCGAGCCCAAGAGUGAGGAGCCCGAGGCUGCCGAAGCUUCCACUGCUCCAAGCGAAUCUACCCCAGAGGCCAAGCCUGCGACCAAGGAACCACUCGCUUUGACCGGUGUCAUUGACAAUGCAAUUGAGCUGACCAAGGCUUGCUUGAAUCCAAAGGCCGGUACAUGUGUCCUGGCAUUCGUGCCCAAGGAACAUGGAGAAGAUGCUGAGAAAGCUCUCGAGGGUCUGCGCGGGGUGGGCAUCAAAUACGACGGCCCUGUUGCUCGACGAGUAUUCCCUUUCUACGAAGUUCAAACGGAUGACGCCAAUGUCGCUUCGAUGCUUGAGAGUUUUCACCUCGAGAAUAAGGUGGAGAUUAUUGCAAUCAACGGCAAACGUGGAUGGUGGAGACUGUACGAGGGCGACCACUCGCACGACAGCCUCAUGGCUUGGAUCGACGUUAUUCGCCUAAACGAGGGUGGUAAGAGAAAGCUGCCUGAGAUCAAGAUUUUUGUUCAGGAGGAGAAUGAUCCAAUCACUGAAGGAACCGUCGAGGUCAAGAUUGAGGAAGAAGUCAAGGUUGAGGCUGGAGAGGCUGAGCCAGAGAGCACAUCAACUUCAUGGCAGGGCGCGGAGCCAACACCCGAGGCUACUGAAGCCGCCGAGCAUGAGCGCGAUGAACUAUAG